UACUCGUGCACGCUCUUCUACGGGGAGAAACCGGGGGCGCGCUUAAUGAGGAGGAGGGUGAAGGAGGCGGAGAAGAAGAAGAAGUGAAGCGGAAGAAGUAAGGCAGAAGUCAAGAGAAGAGGAAGAAGAAGAAGUGAAGAGAAGAAGAAGUGAGAAAAAGAGGCCGGUAAACAGGAUGUGACACAAGAACCACACACAGCACUGUGCAGAGCUGGUGGGACACGACCUGCAAAUUAAUAUUUAACUCUUGGACGUUUAAAAAGUCAACAAACAGCUGCUGAAAGAAGUGCAAGGCUCUGAAAGAAGGUUUGCCUGAAUCAUCUUGAGCAGUAGGGAUCGACCAAUCACCUGCCUGCUCUGUGAUUGAUCUGUACAUUGGAAGAUGUGAUCGCUGCCUGACCAGACCUCAGGACGCCAUCACUGCUGCUGGAAGACAGAUACCGGCUAUUGAUCGCCGAUUAGUGGUUCAUACCUCAUGAUAAAGGAAUAUUUUAGCAAAACUCUUUCUUAUUGAUCAAGUGAUCGUUUCCUAAGAGAAAAACAACCUUGUUAGCAAAUCAAUGGCAUCAGAGCUGAUCGAGGACAGCGACGAUGAUCACUCUCAUGUGGAAGUUAAUGUGGAGACAACAGAUCCCCCUACUCCUCCUUCGAAGGUCUCCAACGGCAACCUGACUCCCCACGCCCCCUCACCGUCGCCCCCUACUGACACGCCGGACCGCAGAAACAAACAGGGCUGCAGCAACCUGAGCAGCCGACUCCAGAAGAGUCCGCUGAUCCACAGUCUGAGCAAAAGUCUAAAGCGACCAUGCGACUACGUCAAGAUCUCGGUGAUCGAGGAGCCAGCCGACCGCCUUCCGAAGGAGUGGUGGAAGACGGCCGUGGCGUUCCUCUACGCCCUGUUCAACCUCUUCUUCACCACCGUCAUCAUCACCAUCGUCCACGAGAGGGUGCCGGACAAGUCCGUGAGCCCGCCGCUGCCCGACAAGUUCUUUGACUACAUGGACCGAGUGCCCUGGGCGUUCACCGUCACCGAGGUCAACGGGUUGAUCCUCGUCGGACUCUGGGUUGUGCAGUGGCUCUUCCUCGAACACAAAGCCAUCAUUGGUCGUCGUUGUUUCUUCCUCAUCGGGACUCUCUACAUGUAUCGCUGUGUCACCAUGUACAUCACCACCCUGCCCGUACCUGGAAAACACAUGGUGUGCGCUCCAAAGCUUUACAACGACUCCACAGGGAAAAUCUGGAGGAUCUUGAGGCUGAUCUCAGGAGGAGGUCUAUCGAUGACGGGCUCUCACCUGAUGUGCGGAGACUUCCUGUACAGCGGCCACACCGUCAUGUUGACUCUGUCCUACCUCUUCAUCAAAGAGUACUCUCACCGGUGGAUGUGGUGGUAUCACGGCAUCUGCUGGUUGCUCAGCGCCAGCGGAGUGAUCUGCAUCCUGAUUGGUCACGAGCAUUACAGCAUCGACGUGGUGAUCGCAUACUACGCCACCACCAGGGUCUUCUGGUGGUACCACACCAUGGCUAACACACAUGCGCUGAGAGGGGUUCCAAACAACUACCUGUCAAGGGCGUGGUGGAACCCGAUAUUCAACUUUCUGGAGAGCAACGUCAAGACGACAGUUCCCGUCGUGUUCUCGUGUCCGGUGGCGCUGCCGUCGUUCUGCCGCCGGAGUUACAGCCAAGUGGAGGGGGGGAGGGGGGAGUGACCUGAUGGAGACAGUGUGAAUCCUUUGUGAUUUCUGAUGGAAACAGUUUGAAUCCUUCGUGAUUUCUGAUGAAAACAGUUUGAAUCCUUCGUGACUCCUGUACGUCAGGAAGGACGAAGAGCUUUGACAUCAGUUUAUCUAUUAGAAACUUCUCUCUUGAUGACUGAGGAGGAGGAGGUGCCAACAGGAGGAAGAGGAGGAGUCACAGAAAAGGUGCUGUUACGUUUACAUUAUCACCAUCACAAUGAGCACGGCUUAAAUCGUCAGAUCUCAUCUUCCUUCCAUUUAAAAUAAAUAUAAAUAUUUGUCUGAUAUUCUGGACCAAAACCAAACUGCUAGCUGUUUAACUUUCCCCUAGCUAACUACAAUGUAGUAAGAUGUCAAAUUGGGUUGCUUAGCCACACACUAGCUAAUAAUGCUAAACAAUUAUUUUUCCACCAACUAAGCUAACCAGAGUUUCAGGACCAAAGCUACGUUGCUAACUAGUAGUUGAGUAGUCAGAAGUCAGGUCUUUAUUAGUUUGACAGUGAAUGCACAUAUUUUAUUUUUGAAUUCAUUUCAGUUUGCUACACGUUAGCAAAUAACCUAACAAGCAUCUUCAGCGUCUGUCCACAAAGAAUAAUGAGACAAAAGGAUUCGUUACUGAAAUUAUCAAUUGUCGUUUAGUUUGUAUUUAUGACAAAAUGAAGCUUAUCUUUGAUUCCUGGCCAAUGCUAAACUGCUAGCUCGUUAACUUAAUUUGGCUUUCCAUCCUUAUCUAAGAUUGUGUCAUGGACACUGUCGGAGUUAGCCACAUGCUAGGUCUUUACACAGUUUUAAAAUAACUUUAAAAACUAAGAAAUACACAGGUAGCUUCUCUUAAGACACGCUAAGACACACCUAAGAAAUGUUAAGUAAUUGACGAGUGAUUGGUUUGUAAGCUAGUCAGAGUUUCAGGGCUAAAAGCUACAUUGCUAGCUUUUUAACCUUCCCAAAGCUAACAUUCUUUUUCGGCCCCUGACAGAGUGAACACAAAUAUAACUGAAUUAAUGUAAGUUUGCCACGAUGUUCAAUUUGUGAGGAUUUAUGAUAACCACUUAGCUUUUUUUGUGCUAAUUUAAGUUGGGUUAUCUUAAUUGUGUGAGUGCCACUUUGAAAACGGAUUAUUUUUUUCUGUUUUGGUUCACAAGCUAGCCAGAGAUUCUGCUAACAAAGCUAGCGCCUUUACAUUCCCAGUGCCACUCAUUAGAGUGAAAGUUCAUGCGCGCAAGUUGACGCCUUUUGCUUUUCUGUACUUGAUUAUCCUUUUUUUAAGUUAUAUUUUGUGUAAAGUAUUUUUAAUGUAAUUUUGUACUGUAAAAUACCAUCUGUAGAAUGUUAAAUUCUUCUAAAACUGCUUAAUUUAAGUUUGAUUCAUGAAUGUUGUUGUUGUUCAUUUUAUAAAAAACUGAUGUUUGAUACAGAAUUAUGCGUAUCUGUCAACCUGCAUCGUGUCACAAUACAGAUGUUUCAUAAUAAAAUAUAUUUUCAAUCAA